UUUUCAUGAUACAAAUAAAAUAUAAUUAAUUAUUAAAAGAAAGUCCUUAAUUCUGAAAAAUUAUGUAAUUGUUGUCGCUUUGGUUUAGCUCCCCAGUCCCCACUAAUUUCUCCGAUGGAUAUUUCUUCUUCAGUUUCAAAGCUCUGUUUUCACUUGAUUUCAUCUGCAUUUCAAAGAUGCCGUGUGUCUGAACAUAUUUGUAGACUAUCUGUUGUUCUCAAAUCUUCUCCAGCUUCCGAUCCUCCCAUCAUUCGGAUUUCAAUUUCUGAUACUGGUAUUGGGAGCAGCUUGGAAGAGUUUCAGAACCUGAGGUGCUCCUGGGAAGGCAUUGGCGUGGAAAAAUGGGAUGGGUUGCUCUCUGCCACAACUACCAGCUUUUGUGAUAAUGAGGUGCAUCAUUUUCUUUUAAAUUUAAGAGAAACCAUUUCUGGCAGAAGACUGACUCGGCUACCUUCAAAUCCUAAGAAUGGCGUAAAAUUCAGUGGAACUGAAGUAUGUCUGUCCAUUUCUGAGAGCAUUGAUGUUUUAACUGCAGAGAUCAAUGAUUUCUUUCAAAAGGUUCUCAUUCUAAAGAUACCUAAUGUUGCAUUUGAACUGGUGGCUGGAUGUGAGGAUGUCCCUGGAUCACAAUAUGAAAAGGUCUUUCUAGCAAAUGAGAGCAAUCACUUAACUUUUUCAACUUCAAGCGUUGAGUGUCUGAAGUCAGGCCUUGAAGAUUAUGUUUUAAAGCAUGGACAUAGGUUAAAUCACAAUUGCAAGUCAUGCUUCUCAACUUGGGGGCAUCUUAAGGUUGGAAGUGGAACAGCAUGCAGCCUGGAAAGCCAUAAGAAUUCUGGAUCUGGGCUGAUGAUGGAAGUGGUAAUUAUAUUAAGCGAGUUAGAGCCAACUUGUCCUUCAUUUAGGGAAUGCAUCUCAAAAACAGAGGUAUUAUAUUUUGAAGAUUACAAACCUUGCACAAUUUCCGAAUCAAUCCUAAAUGCAUUGGCUAGCAUUGACUGGAAAAGUUAUGGUUUGGCUGGAGGGAACAUUGUGGAUAGAGGAGGUGACUUGCUAGGAUGGGAGAACUUACCACCUCAUACUCGUCUAACCAUGGUCCUUCACAGCUAUAACAAACAGGACAUAAUACCACCAGCAAGGUCUAGGACUCAAACUGAUCGUUGUCUUAUAAAAAGAGCAGUUAAACAUGCAUUGGAUGAUCUGAAAGAGAAACAUGCUGGAAUUCUUGUAAGUGCAAAUGCCCUCAAGAUUCGCAGUUAUGCCCCUGACCUUGCAAGAUCUAUUGCGGGCCUCAUCUUGUCAUCUAAUGAUUCAGACUUCCAAAAAGAAUGCUUUUCUCUUCUUGGUUUGCAGUCCAGAGAGAUUGGAGAGGAAACUGUUGAAGAAAGUAUUAAGGAGAAGAUCAUUUCAGUUAUAGAUAUGAAUGAUAGGAAGUCCCAGAGAAGCAAAGAAGUGGCAGUAGCACCUGCACCUCUUCUUUUUGAAGACAACCGCUGUUGGAAUUCAAAAUUUCAAGAUGAGGAAUACGAAGGUGAGGAUGAAUUUUAGUGACUUGGAUUAGCAAUUAUAUAUUUUACAUUGAAUAUUAUUAUCAACUACUGAGACACCUACAAUUAAAGAUAUGUUAGCACA